GCAAACACAGUCUACCAGCACCACACGCUCGGUGUGGACAUUCGAGUGGUGGUCGUUAAACUCAUCUUCUUACAGAGAAGCCAGCAAAAGGAUGUGAUGAAGAGACGUGAUGCGUUCCGAACAGUGAACAUGUUCUGCGAGUGGUCGCAGACGCAGAUCCCGCGCGGCCAGCCCAUGGACUACGACAUCUCUGUGCUGAUCACCAAGGAAGAGCUCGGACCAUCAGGCUAUGCUCCAAUCACCGGACUGUGCAACCCCACGCGCAGCUGUGCCGCGGUCAGGGAUGAAGGGUUUACUACCGGGUUCAUCAUUGCUCACGAGAUGGCGCACGUAUUUGGACUUUUCCAUGACGGUCACGGAAAUGACUGCACUGGACGAAAGUAUGAGACCUCGAUGAUGGCGGCACUGGUAGAGUCUAAACUGAAUCAUUUCUGGUGGUCUGAGUGCAGUAGCAGAAGAAUGAAAGAGAUGGUUCGUUACCUAUUUUGUCUAAAUAACGAACCGAAACCUCGAGCAAAUCAUUACUCCCUGAAGUCCCCUGUGAAGUUAGAAAACAAGCUUGGACAGCCCUGGACUUUAGACUUUCAGUGUAGAAUGGAAUUUGGAGCUCCUUUUAAACUCUGUAAUGCGUUUUAUAACGACCCUUGUGGGACCUUAUGGUGCAGUCAUUCUUCGCAACCCCAUCUCUGCCGCACCAAGCGAGGUCCACCUAUGCCUGGGUCCAAGUGUGGGGCUGAACGGGAAUGCCGCAACGAAGUCUGCCAGUAUAUAGGCAACAUGAAGCCAGUGGACGGGAGCUGGGGAGAGUGGAGUCAGUGGACCCAGUGUAGCUCGGAGUGUGGAGUGGGUAUACGGCAAAGGGUGCGGCUCUGCGAUAACCCAGAGCCAGCGUACGAUGGCAAACAGUGUCAAGGUGAAGGCAACGAAUGGGACACCUGCAUCAACAAUACGUGCUCCACGUUUGAAGACAUUCGUGCUGGCGAGUGCGCGGUGUGGGACAGUCUACAGAUCCGUUAUGGGACUCACAAAUGGCUGCCUUUUGAAGGACAGAAUGCGUCAUCCGUCUGCCAGCAGACGUGUAAGUCCUUCUACACCAACGAGAUUGUAACCAUCGACGUUGACGUCGCUGAUGGGACACCCUGCGGCUACACGACCGGCAACAACAAUAUGUGUAUGGGCGGGAAAUGUCUGACGGUAGGUUGCGAUGGAAAGAUCAACUCCACCAAGAAGGAAGAUGUCUGUGGAGUCUGCGCCGGUGAUGGCUCCCAGUGUAAGAUCGUACAAGGCGACUUUGUGAAGAAACCAACUGCAGGUGAGGUGUACUUGCUUGCUGUGACAGUACCGUCGGGAGCUAGACAAAUCAAGAUUGAAGAGACAAGACAAUCAUCACAGUUCUUAGCGAUUCAGAAUGCCAAAUACGCAACGUAUGUUCUCGGGGGAGACAAGAGGCAGCCUGACAACCAGAAGUUGGUUAUCAAUGGCGCCAUGUUUGAAUACAAGAGAACUAACGCCAACACCAAUGAGAUGAUUACUUCCCCUGGGCCACUUCGAGGGAACAUUCACAUCAUGGUAUAUCCCAAUAAAGUCAUGACCAACACCACGGUGCACUUCAGCUAUACGGUACACAAGAGUGACGUUACUCUGGAAAUGAACAAGUUCAAGUGGAAGUUCGAGAAGUGGUCGGCUUGCUCUGUCACUUGUGGUCAAGGUGUGCAGACGAUCGUACAUGGAUGCUAUGAUAAAGAUUCCGAUGCCAAAGUCGACGAUGAAUCCUGUUCUCUUCUAAAACCACCUCGAAAGGAUGAAGUCAAGUGUGUCCGGGAGGCCUGUGGAAACAUCAGAUACAACUAUGCCAUGUCCAAUGAUUACGAGGAAUGUGAUGCCAAAUGUGGACAAGAUGGCGUGCAGGCCCAGAAGUUUUACUGUGAGAGAUUAUUCGAGAACAAUGGCACGUACGAGCCAGCGUCGGCCCAUUACUGUGAGCACCUGGCCAAACCCACUCACACACGACAUUGCACGGGAAAAGAAUGUGAAACGAAAGAAAGUAUGAGUUGUUCGGUGUAA